AUGCAUAGCGUGCUAACGGUGGAAACGCAUCGUUUUGAUCUUCAUUCUAUACACGACUGGUUCUUCCGCCUUGGAAGAGGACAAAUGGUCAAGAAAUACAAUGGUGAACUUGCGCAGGUUGUUUUUGCCGGCAAAUUGCUGGAGGAAUCUGUAUUUUUCCAGCCAUCGCGUCAUUAUGGGAUCAGCAAGCUGACUGGGAAGGAGGAAUUUAUGAAGACGCUAUGUCCUGCCUGGGCCGACCGAGUUUUAUACAACGAGAAAUUGAGCGAUUUGUUCAGACAUGAUUCGUUUUGCGCAUCCGGCUUAUACUAUGGCCUGGUGGCAGAGAAGAAAUUUGUUGGGCAACAUAAGCCAGUAGCGCUGCAUGCCACAAUAUGCCUGAAGUGA